AUGACUGAGAAUAAACCCAAAACGCAGUACGCUCCUUCUUCUUCUCCAGCUUCUUCAGGUGGGAUUCCCACUCCCAGUGAUGAUGGCCCAAAAAAGUUUUCAGGACCGAAGAGCCAUUUCAACCCACCAGAGAAAGAGAUUCCAGAUGCUGCCACUCUGAGGGAUCAAUGGAGGUAUGCCAUCAGGCAGUACAGUCGAUGGUACUCGCACGCUUGGGGCACCGCCAUUCUCGCUGGCACUGCCUUCUUUGCCCUUGGCUGGAUCAUCAAGGGAGAAAAUCCCAUACCCUCUUUCAACUCCAACAACCCCUCUUCCUCCCAGAACAACAAAGACAACAAUACUCCCCAAUGA